GCGGCAUUAGAAAUGGCGGGAAAAUUUAGUAAACCAUCUUGUAUUUGAUUUGAGUUCGAAAUCCUUUAAAAAUUCUCCUUUUAAACCUUUCUUCACUCACCAAGAAGCUUCAAAAUGAUUAUAUGAACUAAAAGAAUUUACCGGAGGAAUGGCUAUGGAACUGGAGGAGUGUAGAAGCGAAGAAAGUAUAGGUCUUCAAGAAAGCGUUACAACUGCCGAAGACGUUCAAAAUGGAUCUGCUCAAGACAAAACACCCAAAAAUAGUUCUCCUCCUUCRGGAAAGCGCAAACGAAAGCCCAAUUCUCCUCCCUCGAGUCCCAAUAAUUUUGAAGGGUUUGGUGAUAGUGAGGCUGGGGAUAUUCUAAAACAAUUCCCAGAAUUAGAAGAAGUCUUCACUAUAGUAUCAAAAGUCGGAGAAGGCACUUUUAGUAAUGUGUACUUAGCAAAGAUGAAGGCUUUUCCAGACCAUCUUUGUGCUUUAAAGCACAUUAUACCAACAAGUGGUCCAACUAGAAUAGAAAAUGAAUUGAAAUGUUUACAACGUAUUGGAGGAAAAGAUAAUGUUAUAGGAAUUGAAACUGCUUAUAGACGAAAUGACCACAUUGUUUUUGUACUACCUUAUGUCGAUCACAGAAAGUUUCAGGAAUAUUUUCUUAAUAUGAGUAUGUGCCACAUUAAACAGUACAUGAAAAAUCUAUUUAUUGCRCUCAGGAGGGUGCACUCAUUUAAUGUCAUCCAUCGUGACAUAAAACCAAGUAAUUUUCUGUAUUCAUUCAGGACAAAACAGUAUUCUCUGGUAGAUUUUGGUCUGGCAAUGCCAGUUCCUGGGAGUACYUCUUCACUGCUAGAAGUUUCUUCUGAAAAGAAASCAACUACACCAAAGAACAGUUCAAAAAAUCCAGUUCGUCGCAGCACACGCCUCUCGCCCCAAGUAGAAAAYARCARUGAAAYUCAGGAGRCUUCAACAARGAAAAAAUCUCCUAGCAGCAAGACAAAAUCAGUUUUAAAACCAUCAGGAAAUAUUCCAUUUACUCAAAAUCCUAGAAAUUUCAAAAUGCCAGUUAGUAAAAGACAAAGUAAGGUUCAAGAGUUGAGGCAAUCAUCUAAAACAAGGCUUUUUUGYCCUAAUAAGCAUACMGCSGAAGAGAUUUGCACYGGUUGUAUGAGUAGGAGUCAUCAAAAUGCCCCAAGAGCUGGUACUCCAGGGUUCAGAUCUCCUGAAGUUCUAUUAAAAYACCCUAACCAGACMACAGCUGURGAYAUAUGGUCUGGUGGGAUUAUAAUGCUAUGUYUGUUAAGUGGGAGAUAUCCUUUYUUCCGUGCUUAUGAUGACUUGACUGCUUUGGCACAGAUAAUAAGUAUGGUUGGAAGCUCAGAUUGUAUCAAAACUGCUGAUCAACUUGGCAAAGACAUGGUAUCAAACAUCAAUUUGUCACAAGGAGAUCUCAAGGCAGCUUGUCAACAAUUACGCAAAGGAUGUGGAAAAACAGCAACAGUACAGUGUGUAGUGCAAGAAACAAAUGAACCAAAACAUUGUAAACCCAAAAAACUAAGACAAAAAAGCCCAUCUUCAAAAACUCCUUCUAAUUCAGAUGACUCUCAAAUAGAUGCUCAAUCUAAUAUAUGUUAUUUAUGCAAGGAGCAAAAUCCUGUUCAAUGCGCCAGUAGAUCUCACGAUUCURUUACUAAACAUUUGGACGGUAGUCCAUGCCAGAGCCAAACGUCUUACUGCUGUUGGAGUGCUCCUAGUUCAGCGUACGAUCUUCUGAAGAGGUGUCUAGAUCUCAACCCAAACACAAGAAUUACUGCAAGUCAAGCAUUGGAGCAUCCUUUCUUUAAGGAUUAGAAAAUAUUCAUGUCACUCAUAUAUUAAUCGCUGUCCCUUGGACUUUAUAAUUACUGCAUGUCAUCCUUUGCAACAUCUCGUCUUUAAAGGGUGGAAGAUGCUUGUGAAUUCUCACUCUGUUUUGGAUCAUUCUGAAUUAUGGAUCAUUCUAAAUGAUACUUGCUCUUGGACGACCUCAAUAUUGAUCAUUUCAACCAUUCCCAUGAGAAUCAAAAGAUAAAAGACUGGCGGCCAUGUUGGAGGAAUGAACAAUAAAUACUAAUGAGAAAUCCUUUGUUGAAGUUCCUCCAAGAUGGUCGCUGUGACGAAACUUGAAAACGAAGAAUAAAUUCAAGAAUUUCUUACUCUGUGGAGCAUAUAUUGGUUAUGGAAUAGAUUAUACAAUUU